CUGUGCCGCUGCAGCCGUCGCCACCGUCACUCCGCAAUCUUCUCAACAGAAUGGCGCAUUGCCCCCAAUGCCCUCGACAUCACAACCUAUUCCACCUGCGCAGCUGACGAAUUUCCCUGACGCAACGCGUAUCGGUGGAAGCGCUGGCAGCCGCAAGCUCUGGUAUGUCUGCCCCAUUUUCCUCCGUCUGACCCAUCCAACCCCCCUGCAGGAAUUCGGUAUCGACAUUAUCGGUGAAGACAACAAGACCACCAUCCACCACAAAGUCGCUGCCCGCGUCAUGUGUGUAUUCACAGACGAAGACGCACAUCUUGCUGCCCACGUAGAGGCCAUCCCAACAUCCGCCUCUCUUCCUCCCAACAUCCAGCCCCCAAACCUACCACACUUCACCCAAUUGCUCCCUCCCAUGCGUUCACAACAAGCCUCGACCACCUCUGCACCCACACCCGCAUCUGCCGCGCCCGCAAACCCAGCACCCCUGCACCUCCCCCAGAGCACCCUGGCCUUUCUCCUUCGAGCUCGGGCCAUGUUGACUCAAGUCGUUGCCCACUCUUCGCAGGCCGCCGUGAGUGUCUUGAUCCUCCUUUGA